AUGAACGUCUCCAAAACGCCGUUCAACGGCUACUCCGUCAAAUUCAGCCCCUUCUACGAGGAUCGCCUCGCCGUCGCCACCGCCCAGAACUUCGGUAUCAUCGGCAACGGACGCGUCCACGUCUUCUCCCUUCCCCCAACCCCUACCGGAGCCCUCACCGAGAUCAUCUCCUUCGACACGGCCGACGGCGUCUACGAUCUCGCCUGGUCCGAAUCCCACGACUCCCUUCUCAUCGCCGCCGUCGCCGACGGCUCCGUCAAGCUCUUCGACACCAACCUCCCGCCGCCGCAGAACCCGCUCCGAUCCUUCCAGGAGCACACGCGCGAAGUCCACGGGGUGGACUACAACCCCACGCGCCGCGACUCCUUCGUCACCGCCUCCUGGGACGACACCGUCAAGCUCUGGUCGCUCGACCGCCCCGCCAGCAUCCGUACUUUCAAGGAACACGCCUACUGCGUCUACUCGGUGGCGUGGAACCCGAGGCACGCCGACGUCUUCGCCUCUGCCUCCGGCGACUGCACGGUGAGGGUUUGGGAUGUGCGCGAGCCGGGAUCCACGAUGAUAAUCCCGGGCCACGAGGCUGAGAUCCUGUACUGCGAUUGGAACAAGUACGACGAGUGCUUGAUUGCUACCUCCUCGGUGGACAAGAGCAUUAGGGUUUGGGAUGUGAGGAAUUACAGGGUGCCCAUCGCGUCUUUGAAUGGCCAUGGAUUCGCGGUCAGGAAGGUGAAAUUCUCCCCGCACCAUCGCAACCUGAUGAUGUCUUGCUCCUACGACAUGACUGUGUGUAUGUGGGAUUUCAUGGUGGAAGAUUCGCUGGUUGGAAGGUACGAUCAUCACUCUGAAUUUGCUAUUGGGGUCGACUUCAAUGUGCUUGUUGAAGGCCUGGUUGCGAGUACUGGAUGGGACCAGAUGGUUUUCGUCUGGCAGCAUGGAACUGAGCCUAGAGGGCCUUGA